UUAAAUAUAGUAAAACGAGACGGCCACACCGGUGCGCGGGCUCACUAAACGCUUUUGGCAUUUUUUGUACAUCUGCACUACGUUCACGUUAAUUGCAGCGGCAUCAUUUUUGCUCGAUUUUAAAGGAAUUUUUUGCGGUGAUUAAAACGAUAAAGUGCUAGCGUUGGUGCGCUAAUGGAUGAGGCGCGGCGCAGUUGAAAGAUUGCAAAUUGACCGACCGACGCACAUGAAAAGUGAAGUAUGGAGGACAUCGAAUAUCUAGACGAGUACAAAGACUUGGUGCUGCCAGGAAUCAAAUCGGGUGCUCCGCCAACAUCCUCUGCCGGCGUUCCGCGGCAGCGUCGCAUUUCAUCAGACUCGAGCAACUCGUCGUCGAUUGAUGCGGACAUUUUCCAGAAGCUCUUUCAUGGCAAGUACCUGGACGACGAUGUGCUCAACGAGGGCUCCGGCGCCAAAUCUCAGGAUAGACGUCGCCGCUCCCCAUCUUCCUCCUCCAGCGAUGGCUCCAACGAUGCCCUGGAAGCCCUCUUUUGCGGGAAGAGCAGCCAGUCGAAGCCAACAAAGAGGCGCGAACGCUACGAGUCGUUCGAUUCGGUGGACGACCUAGGCGAAGCUCUAAUGCGUCCAUGGCACAAGCUGGGCGUACUUAAGCCCAGUACCUCUCAGGCAGGUUUCAAAAAGUCACAAGAUGUGGGCCCACCCAGAAGCAUCAGCAAUAGCAGCAGCAGCAACAUCGGCAAGUCAUCUGGACAAAAGGCAAUGCCUGCUACAUCAAGCCAAACUUAUGCAAAUGCUAAAAACAAGAAAAUCAAUUCGGUGGCCAACAAGACAGCAGUAUCUGCAAAUGGUGAUAGAAUGGCUUCCGCCAAAAACAAGACGGUGACCAUCGUAAAGCCCCAAAAAAGAGAUCUAAUGCCUUCGCGGCAUGAACCCAAAACAGAUCCAUUAACUUUGGGUGACUUAUACGGGGACUCGGACAGCGAUUCGUCCUAUGAGUACGAAUCUGACUUUUACGGCGAUCGAGACUCCGAUGAAGAAGAUGAGCCGGUGAUCGACAUUUCAACGGACACAAGCAGGACCACAUCGGUGGCGGACACUGUGACACCUGUUGUUUCCGACGACGAGGGCCAGGAGCCGAAGAGUGAGCUGAAUCAGCGCCCUGAGAAUGAUCAGGAGUCUUUUUUGAGCAGCACCUAUGAACGCCUGCAGUUGUACUUGAGUAAUCUCAGUUGCGCCGAGGCGCCGCCAAUCUAUAAGAAACAGAAUAGUGCUAAAAAAUCCCGCUCCAACGAAAAGAAAAUCUCUUCUACACAACAGGUUAAGCAUGCUAAUGAGCGAUCAGCGGCCAGUGACAAAGAGGCGAAUGAAAAGGAGCGGGAUUUGGAGCCACCGGAGGCAAGCAGCAGUGCUAAAUCCUCGGCCAGCAAGGCCAGCGGCAGUCGCAAGCUGUAUGACGUAGAUGACAAUGUCACGCUUGAGGCUGUGGAGCGUAUGAGUCUUGACCUGGCUGAGCAAAUCUUGGAAAUAGAUGUGGAGCGAUCUUAUGAGUUCGAAAAGCGAUCGGGCUCAAAGACGCGUAGCUUAUCCAGAUCUAAGAUUCCAGCGGAUUCUAGCUUCUCGCAAUUGAGUCACGUGCGCAAGCUAACUUACUCGAGCGAAAAACUUGAUCAAUCGGAACCUUUAGGCACCAAAUUGCGUCGGUCGAAGAGUGAGUCCUAUCCAAAGCGAGGGCGGGCUCGGUGCCAAAAGCAACGUAAGAACCGUGCAGCAACCACAGAGGAAAAAACUCCCAUUGCCCCGGAUAGAGAAGGAGUUUUAGGCAAAAGAAAACGCGGAAGGCCCCGCAAAUAUAUUCCAAAGGAGGAGACUACAACAGAAGAGACUUUUACAAAUCCAAUUGAAAACUUGGACCAAAAUGUUCCUCUCUCAAGAGAAGCGUUUGAAGAAAAACCGGGAACGGUUAAUUUGGAAGAGCCAACAAAACAGAAUGAACUUAUUAGCGAGUUACACAAUGCCAAAGAGCUUACAGGACCUACAAAUUUACCCCAGGAUGAUAUUAAAAUGACAUCAAGUCACCACGAAACGGAUCUCAAAUGUGCUCCGGACAGGGUUGGACUGCAUGAGUCUGAGUCUGCGCCAAAGGUCGAAGAUGAACCGAUUUCUAAAUUGGAUACAUCUACCGAAACAUUUGAUACUGCACAGGACUACAACGAAGUAUCCGAAAGUUCAAAUAAUCCUAGUGAAUUGAACGAUGUAGACUUAGCUUCAGAUAAGGAGGAAACUCGGAAGGAAUCGUCCACUGACAAUUUAAUGGAAUCCAAUGAUAAUGCAAGAACAGAACUAACUAAGACGGAAAAUUCAGUUACAGUUACUGAUGGAGUUGCAUUACCAGUUGUACUUGCAAAGGCAGUAUCGGGAAAUAUACUUGAGGAAAGCGACUCCCAGCUGGCUGAGGAUAUUAAAUUGGCUGAAGAGAUCUUAGCCGCUCAGGUUGGUAAGGGAGUUGAAGCUAACGAGGUAUCAGCGGAAUCAGUGCAAGGAGGACAAGAUCCAGUCAUUGAAAUUGUCAAAGAAUUAGAGCAAGAAACGAUUUCGGAAGUCGUGCCCGCUCAGACUGAAAAACAAUCUUCAGUUGAAGGCCAAACUAUAGCUGAUGAUGAAAAUCCAGUGGAAAAGCAGACUCCAGUUAAGGCACUAUCUUCUAGUAAGGAUGAACCACCUGCAGAAGAACACUCGCCUGGUCCAGACCAAAAUACAGUUGAAAAACAGGAAACGCCUGCUAAGGAACAAAAUCGAACUCCCAAAGUCGAGUCUAUGCCUGGAUCUGAUGUUCCAUCUAGCUUAGUCAGUCCAUCCAAGAAACGAAAUCAUUCCUCUCCAGUUAAUACCUCCAAGAAAUCGAAAGAAGUAGAAGCUUUGCAAAGUUCGGUGUCACGACGAGCUCUAAGGUCUGACAAGGGAACUCCUCAAAACCAAAGGGAAAGUCGGUCAAAACGGACUCUAAAAACAGAGCUUACACUACUUAUGGAUGAUACAAUGAGACGAAGCAGUCCAAGGCUUGGUAGGUCGCCAGCGGAAAGCCAUUCUUCACAAGAACGCUCUCCGGUGGAAAAGAAAGUGACAGUCUCCAAGUUGGCCAAAGACUUAUCAACAAAAGAAAAGGAACAAGUGAAAGACUUAAUGUCGCUUCCUGACGAGCCUGAAACUAAUGACGUAAAGGAAACCAAAAUAACUACAGCAGCAGAUACUUCCAUACUGACCGAAGGAAAACCUAGCUCCAGUAAGACUGAAAUGAAAAAGUUAAAGGGUAAAUCGUUGAAGACAAAAAAAAUGAGUAGGACCCAUGAGACAGAAGUUAACAGGGGAAUAGUAGAUUCCAUUGAAGAGCCACCUUCUUCUUCAAAAUGUGUUGAAGAAUAUUCAACUUCCAGCGAAUCAGAGCAGAAAGACGACAAGGACUCCUCCAUUUGUCCAAAACCGCCAAUAGAUAAUACCAACCCAUAUUUAGAACAAUCCAAUGCUAUUGAAGCUGAUACGGUACAAGUUGAGGAAAAACGAUCAAAUCGCAGAAAAUCCAGGAGGAUUCGAAAUGAAAAAGGCAAAACUGAGACCGACACACUUUCCGACCAUUUGGACGCCAAGAAAGGGGAGAAUGCUUCUAUGACAAGCGAGGUUCAGCAAUGUGAUCCUGUCUCUGCUAAGGAUGAGCGACACUCCAGCAGAUUAAGUCGUAAGGAUAAGUCUGUUAUUGAUGCGGCCAAAUCCGAAAAGGACGAAAAUCCGUCCGUCAAAUCUCAGUCCACUGAAAUAACUCUAAUUUUAAAUGAAACCGCCUCUAAAAAGGAUCAAAGUAUAGAGCAGUCUGGUAACACAAUCGAAACUGUAGUCGGCCCACUUAACGAGAAGGAAACGUCAAACAGUAAGAAAAUAAUCGAUGAAAAAUAUAAUAAAAGUUCAGGGAGUAAAAUGCAAUCGAGUGACAGUUCAAAUAAAAAGGAGUCAUCUUCUACGAAAUUGUCAUCAAAUUCCAGUUCAGAGCAUAUCAUGCAAGAUCAGGAAAAUAAAAUGGAUGCAAUAAACGAAGACGGAGAUUUGGAUCCACAUUUAAAAGACACCGUGGAAGACAGUAGAAAGGCUGAUAAAAAACCCAAAGAAAAAGAUAAUAAAAAUGAUGAUGAGGAUAGUACAAAGUUAAAUGCGAAUACAGAUGAAAGAAAAUCUUCAGAAAAGGACGAGGAACCUAUUUCAAAAGAUUCUUCACAGGAUUCUACUAAGCUCAGAGUUUCGAAAGCAAAGUCCAGAAGCAAGCGUAAGAAAAACGAAAAGAAAUCUAAUGAUAAUAUUGCUGAAUCUGAUAUUGAAAAUAGUUUAGACCUAAACAUAGAAACCGUUCAAGCUACAUGUUCUACAUCUUCAGAGUCCGAUAAAAAGGACAAGGUUAUGUCUUUAAAAUCCAGUCCAGAGCAAAUCGUGCAGGAUCAGGAGAAUAAAUUGGAUGAAAUAAACGAGGGCGGAGAGUCGGAUCCACAUUUAAGAGAAACCGGGAACGACAGUAAACAGGCUGAUAAGAAACCCGAAGAGAAAGAUAUUAAAAAUGAUGAUGAGGAUAGUUCAAAGUUAAAUGCGACCGCAAAUGAAACAAAAUCUACUUCACAAAAGGACGCGGAACCUAUUUCAAAAGACUCUUUACAGGAUUCCACUAAGCUCAGACCCUUGAAAGCAAAGUCCAGAAACAAACGUAAGAAAAACGAAAAGAAAUCUAAUGAUAGUAUUGCUGAAUCUGAUAUUGAAAAUCGUUUAGACGUAAAUACAGAAACCGUUCAAGCUACAUGUUCUACAUCUUCCGAGUCCGAUAAAAAGGACAAGGUUAAAUCUGAUGAAACAGACGAAGAACCAAACUCUUCUCAAACAGAAAUAGGAAGGAUAAGGAAUCGUAGGCUGGCUGUUACCAUUGAGAAUCCCAAGGAUGAUUUUGAGAUUACUCAGAUCAAGGAAAACCAGAACAGAGACAUUUUCAGUUCUGAAACUGUGGAACCCGAUAUGCCGACUUUAAAAAUUCCAACGAAAACUUACCUAAUGAAUACAAAAAACAAAACACCGUCAUUAGCUUUUUCAGAAGAUCCUGACAACGACCCGAAACCAGAGGACUUAAAUACCACACCAAAAGCCGACACUAAAACUAUAAGUGAUGUCUUGACAAUAGAGGCGUCUGAUCAAGAUAAUAGCAAAAUUUUGGAAACCUGUCCGACAAAGGAUCUCAACGAACAUGUAAUUGCUGAUCAAACCUUGACAGAAAAUUCCGAUAUCAUUCCUUUAAGUACGAAGAACUCGCUGAUUGUUUUUCAUACUACUCCAACUAAAAGCAGCGAUCAAACCAAAAACACCUUCAUAACGCCUAAUAGAUCAGCAAAAUCAAAACGAAAUGUUUCAAAGGAGACAAGAAAAUCUGACAAGUGUUUUGAGGAUAGUCAGAAAGUAGCUUCUGAAUCCUCGACUUCAAAACUCGAAAAAGAACUCGGUACUCCUACAGCAUCCUGUCGAAAGCUGCGUGUGCUAAUAAAAAGAACACCCACUUCCAAUUUGCCCACAAGUUCAAGGAAGUCUAUCUUUAAGAAAACUCCCGCGAAAUCGAAGCGCUUGGCCAAAAUUCUUGAGCAAUGUGAUAUUAAGUCACCUAUUUCUUCAGGUGAAAUUAAUCCCGAGUCUGAUCCUGAUAAGGAUCUUGAAACAAAGGAAAACUUAAAUGAAGAUGCUUCUAAGGAGACACAGGAGGUUUCUGCUGACAACACAAACAAUGACUCAAAAAAGAAACAGGACGAUCAAGAAAUGGAAGUGAAUGACGUUCGCGCAAAGGAUGAAAAUCCUAUUACAGACGAUUCUACUGAGGACGACUUAUCAAACAAGGCAACGGAUAUUAUUGUUUUGCAUGAAUCAAAGGUCGAAGUACUUAACUCGUUAAUUUGUGCGACUGAACUCGAGAAUACAGCAACCAAGGAGUUGACCGAAGAGGAAGUUCCCAAUAAUAGCACGGCAAGAGAUGCACCUGAAAAUGAGGAGAGCUCAAAAGAUCAAGAACCGGAUAAGGCAACGGUAAAAGACGAUUCUGAUCCCACUGCAAAAACCCCCAAGGAGAUGGACCUUGAAAUAAAGGAUAAUUCUACUGUUAAAUCGGUUGUAGCCGAGCCAAAAACUGAUGUAACAGAUGAUGAGGAACUCGCCGAAAGCCCAAUUCCAGACUCAUCGGAAACAACAAGUGUCAUGGAUGAUCCCGAACCCAGUACAUCCAGCGUGGUGAAGCGCAGUUUGCGCAAGCGGGAAGCGGAUUCUUCACAUCGAGAUGAAGCUGCUAAACGAAAGCAACGUCAAUAUAUGGAGAAAUCGUUACUUGGCAAAAAGGAACCAGUUAAAGCAGUUCGCCGCAAACAACUCGCUGACGAAAAAGAAGGAUCAUCUCUUAAGCGUUCAAAGAUGGAGUCUGAAGCCAAGUCCCCUGUCCAGGGCAAAUUUAUCUCUAUUAUAGGUAAUGAGACUAUCAUGUCAUCCACAACAGCGCCCACUAUGGAAAACAAAGGCGAGACGACAUCUCCAGCUUCACGGAAGUCGGCGAUACAGGAAUCCAAGCACGUUGAAAUCACUAAGCAUAUCAUCCUUGGGACACCAGCCAAAAAGCUUCAUCCAUCUGAUAGUCCAGCCGCGGAAGUCAAAAAGCCCAUGGUGCAAACUUUGCUGAGUUCCAAUCUUAGUCUACACAAACCUUCGACAGGAGAGGAUGGUAUUCCACUGAAAAUCAGAAAAUCCUUCAAAAAAUCAGAUGCCGAUGAAAACGUGGACGAUCCGUCUAUCUCAAGCAGCUCCAUUGCGCUUCCUAAAAAAACGUCUGCUGUUGCUCCAAGAAAGGUAAAUAUAUCCGUUUCCCUCUUGCAAACGAAGGACACUGAAGCGGAGACUUUGCCUACUGCUGCAUCGACAUCCGAAUCACCACUAAUGACAAAAAAGGGACAACUUCAAGCACAGAAGUCGACCAAGAAAUCGGAGGGCAGUAAGAAAACGGAGAGCAAGAAAAAAUCCAUAGUAAAAGGCAAUCAAAUGAAAUCCCUAAAAUCCGAGGAAACAGAAUCUUCAAAGAAAACGGCAGCGGUGACAGGACGGAAACCACUUCCGCAAUUGGAAGUUUCAAGGAAACUGGAAAGCAGGAAGUCUGAGGGCUCUUUAUCAGAAUCUAAUUCUCGAAAAGAUACGUCCCAAGUCCAACGUUUCAGUAAAAUGGAUGGUAGAAAAUCUGAAGGAACCGCUUUGACUGCUACUGCUAGAAAACGACUUCCUCAACUAGAAGUCUCGAAAUCUGAAACUGCUUCAAAAGCAGUAUUGCCCGAAGAAACUGACAACAUACUCCAAGCCGGUGAAAUCGAGAAAAUGGUUAAAGGUCGCGGAGCACACAAGAAAACCAAAACGGAUCAGCGCAAGUCGAAACCCAAGACUGAGCUCCUUUCCUUGGAAGAGGAAGCUGCUAGUGACCCAAUGGAUUCCUCUCGAUCGGAUAAAUCUGAUAAUCCCUUUCUUGAACUCCAAGGGAUCUCCAAUAUGCCUGGUCACAUGACCCGAGCUGUCAGCAGCAACAGGUCAUUGGCACCAACACCAACUCCCAUGUCCGACAGGCAACGAAAUGCUUCUAAGGAGCGCUUUACGCCUGUUUCGGAUCAAAAAAAAGCACUGAAGCAAUCACAGACUUUGGUGAAGCAUCGUGGAAAAGGCGGACAGAACCGGCAACUUGAUUUAAAAAGAAAAACGGACGAAGCAGAUGAUGGUACAGAGGUGAUCAAUCCCAAGAGACCCAGAGAGUUGCAGGAGGAGGACCCCCCUGAGCAGGAUGUUCACGUCCGGGAAACUGCAUUUAUGGCGUUUCCAGUGAAAAUAACUGCUGCAUCUUCUGUUAAUCCCCUAGCAGGGCACUCGACGGGUAAUACAGUCCUUCAAAAAGCUAAGCUCCGCAAACUUUGCGUGAAAAUAAAUCGGAUGCCUUUUCAUAAAUGGCUUCGGAGCACGCAGGAGAACAAAACACAAGAAGGAUCUCGUAAUGCAACGUCAUUACCACUGCUUGGUGAAACCUCAGAAACAGAUUCAGCAGCUGAGUCAAUGUCAGAAUCAAUGCGGCAACAAGUACAGCCAUUGGCGGCUAUUCAGCCACAGCCUGCAUCCCAGCCUGAUUUUCAUCCAGCGCCAGCCUCAGAACUUGAAAAGGGGGAAAGCUUAGAUCAACUAGCUGCCAUUGCAGAUUAUGUUCCAUCGGCAACUAAUGAUUCAUCGACUGCACCCGCUUCAAACAUUGCACUCGAAAAUGAACAGACACCUGUCCUGCCAGCUAAGACACCCUUGAAGACUGCUAUCUAUCCAUUGACUGAAAAUCAACUUCCCGACGAGUCAACGUUGCUGGAAAGUGCCAGGAAGCUAGCAGAACAGCGUAGGGUACAAAUGUUCCACGCCAAGUCUAUGCCACUUCCUGUACCAAUUCAAGAGGUAAAGUCAGAGCCAGAAGAUGUCACGGAUGAGCAUUCACCUAAUGAGCCAUUGCAUGUGGUUGCUACAGCACCACCAAUGCAUCAACUAAAUUCGAAUACCGAGGACGCUGCGCCCGCCACUAUUCAAAUCAGCACAUUAGGUGCCUCCACUUCAUCUAGGCCGGCAGACUUACGUUCAAUUCCCUCCGCCAGUGCCCCUGACGGAAACCCCAAUGUCAUUGGGCAGACCAAAAUGUUCUCCUUUCUCUACCCGAAACGAUACAAGCGAUCCUAUGACGACGUGGGUCUAGACUUCUGCUGUCCAAAUCUCGAUGGUCCAAUGCGGGCCAUUGAUUUUACUCGAUUGCAUUCGAAGGCCGAGGUACCGGUGCUGGAAGUCCCGCAGUUCCUGGUUAUAACCACCAAGUUCAUCUCUAAAGCGGAUAAGAAUAUGCCAAAUAAGGUGCGGGCCAAGCUGGAAUUACUGGGCAGAACUAAAGAACGGGAUUCCAGUAAACUGACCCCUACGGCCAAUACUCCGACUGCUGAUGCCACCGCUCCUUCACCUCUUCCACCUGCUCCCGCUUCGGUUGGUCCGUCAACUCAACCGUUUGCAUCGAUUAUACAGAAUUUGCUUUCGGCUCCCCUGCCUGCUCCAGGUUCCUUUAAUAUUCCCACAAGCGUGGAUCCCGUAGUUCCACCUAGCUCGUCUCCCACUUCAAUGCUAAUUUCGGCGAACUUGGAUUCCCUAAGCAAACAGUUGCCACGUGGCACAACGCUGACCAAGAAGUCAGUGCAAUCAGUGGCUACCAUUCCGUCAUUACCCAGCACCUCGAUGGCACUCAAUAUGGUGCCGUCGCUUAUUCAGUUACCACCGAUUUGCCCCAAGGACAAGCAGCGUGUGGACCUGCAGGCGAGGGUACAAGUGUUUGACUUGGUGCUCCAGACUCUCAGCCGACGGGCAGCCAACCUAUCAGUGUCCGAGAGACAGCGGACCAUUGAGGAGAUCGUAAGGACCAGCUCAUUAAUGGCCAUCGACGUGGAUGUGGGUACAAAGCUUUUGGAGAACUAUGUACAUUACUUAAACAAGGCUACCAGCACAAUGACUCCCUCCGCCCAAAACAACUCGAUGACGACAUGCGCUACUGCUAAUUCCUCCAGUCUGAGCGCAGCCACCAUCUCGACGCUUUCCAAAAGCAUCGUGAGCUCUACGACCGCCUCCUCCGACACCCUAUCGCAAGGGACGAAAACAUCUUUGGAGCAUCUUCAGAAGCGCAGUUCCCUCCCCGCAACUAUACCCCUUUAUGAUGGGGCCCAGAACACAAUUGGCUUUCAGUGUACCCCCUCUAAAUCGGCGGCAGGGCGAAAGUCUUCAUCUGCUGCCACCAGCACGUCUGUGAGAGCCUCCACAUCCAAAGCAACAGCAGCUCUAGGAAAGGUGCAGCCAAAAAGUUUUGUAGCAAACACUAGUCAGUUCGUCAAUCUAAACACAACAGUGUCUAUGCCAGCACCAAGGAUGAAUGCCAAGAAAAAAACAGGCGCAUCGGGCACUCUAACGUCGAUUAAUUCUUCACCAGCUGUGCAGAAGACGGUGCUGUGCAAAGAGAAAACGACGCCGGUAAGGACUUUGGCCAAGACCACAUCAUUACCCGCUGCACGAGCGAAAUCAAAAGCGUCAUCAAAUGCAGUUUCGGAUGAGACCCCUGCUGCCGAAUUUGUAUCCCCCGCCGGAAUGAGUCUGAGUACCACUGGAAAUCCGAAUGUGUUCAUCAUCAACCACGCGUUGCAGCCAGAAGAAAGUAUCCUGCCUGACUCCAAUAGCAGCGUGGGGCACAUGGAGAUCAAGGGCGAGCUCGACGACUCUACGGAGGUUAUUAUAUAGCAGGGGAAAGACUAUAAACCAGUUGGAAAGUAUUCUAAGUUACUUUAGCACUGUUAAUUAAGAGUUAAUUACUUCGUUGAACGCAAGAAGAUAAUUUUGUAAUUCUAUAAUGAAGAAUUUGUUAUACCUUU